AUGGAAUCUAAGGUCAUUUUCCUGAUGCUGACUGCUCUGGGAGGCGCAAUCGCUUUACCAAAAUUCGUUGCAGAAUCUGGCCACACAGGUAGGUAUCUCAUCAUUCAAGAUCAGAUCUAAAGUUAUCAUGUUCUUUAGUUAAUAAACUAUAAGGUUACAUAGCUUACGCCCAAAUUUAGAGAGUUGCAGUCGUGAUAGCCAGAUACCGUUUUUGGACACACUCAGUCUUGCAUCAUGUCGGUAAUCCGUCUGAUUGUUUUAGUUUCUUGCUUAAGGAGGCUCCAUAGAGUUUUUGCUCGCCUCAACGACGGUAGGGAUGUACUCGGCGACUCACCAAAGCAUUACCGUUGCCCGUGGGCAGAGAUGGGAAAAUACGGACUGCGCAAAGAACCAAUCAGAUUGCAGGAUUCGUUACCGUGCCCUUUGAGAAAAAAAUAAAUGAAAAUCUGUGAACUGCGGAUAAAGACGUGAAAAUUAAAGCGAUAUGCGCAGUAAUGAACACUACUCGAGCAGUAGUGAAAAUAAAAUCGCUUUCACAUUUACGUCUUUAUCCGCAGUUCACACACAUGAUUUUCAUAUAUUCACAGUCAUUUAUUCAUCACCUCACGGGUUUAUUUGGAACCAACAUAGAAACCAGCUCCCAGUUGGCUUGUCAGCUCAGUUGGUAUAGCGCUUCACCGGUAUCGCAGAGGUCAGGGGUACAAAUUUCGUACAGACCUGAAUCUUUUUCGGGCCUGAUUUUCACUACUGUAGAAGUAGUGUUUAUUACUGCGAAGAUCGCUUUCAUAUUUAAGACGUCUUAUGUAAAAAAACCUUUCACGUUUUAGCGUGUGAAACCAAUAGAGAGCAGAUCAGCUGUGUUUCCUCUCGAGACACAAAGCAUAAUUGCAACUUAUCACCCAUGAAAACAAUGUUUUGAAAAGUUAGAUUAUACUUGUUUAUUGCUUAGCAGAUGAGGGAAGUGCGAUGGCGACUAAGAGGGGUGUCCUUUCCUUCGGGUGGAUGGUUAAGCUCGUUACUGAAAGAGAUCCCCUUGAUUUCAAUGGUUAUGGCUGCUAUUGUGGAAUUGGUGGGGAAGGCAAACCCGUGGAUGAUUUGGACAGGUGAUCUAACAAAGCUUUCUUUAGAUCAUCAUUACUGAUUUUCCAAGUACCCUGCGUGAUGAUUAAAUUAAAAAGUUGAGGGGAGAGAAAAAUGUACUGUCCGUUCCAUUUUGAAAACCACAGGAUUAAAUCCAAUGAUGGAAUUACUUCAUUUAAAUAGUUGGGUGGAAUAGUCGACAAAACCGACUUUGAAUGGAAAUGGACCCUUGGAAUCUAUUAACCUAUCAUGCUCCACCAUCUUAAAAGGAGUAUACGCUUAUAAAGCUGUUAGAAGAUGAUAAUGAAGCAUACUUUCCUACUAGACAAGCGCUGUUACCCCCCACACACUGAUUGAUAGACGCCAAGAACAACAUUAAAAAGUGAAUAAAUCUAUUUUCAGGUGUUGCCUAGUUCACGACAAUUGCUAUGGCGACAUUUUAGAGGCGGAGGUUUGCCCUUUCGAGAAAGGAAUUUAUUCUCUUCCCUACUCAACAAAAUCGGAUCACCCUACCGAAUGCGGUAAGUCAAAGAAAAUGACCUACGUAAUCCUGUGCAUGGAGGUAAAAACGUCUUUGUAUUGUAGUUUAGCUGUUUUUUUUUUGUAUGUGCUUUUGCUUUUUUAUAAGUUAAUGUCAGUUGAACUGUCUUUUAUUCUACUCACUUUUCGUUUCCCGGUUUCUUGUUAUUUUUUUAAGAUAAUUCGUUACUAUAUACCUGAACUUACGAGCACAUUUCAGAAAUUUCGUUAGCUGUGGUACAAUAGGAGAACUUGAGACAAAUAUUGGAAUAGGUCCUCUGUUGUAAAAUUUCCGGAAAAACUUCUUUUAAAAAUAGUAGGCAACAGUAUUUCAACUAAACUCUCUCAUUUUAUUUCAGAACCUGCAUCUUAUUACUGGUUUAGUGGAGAAUGCCGCUUUCGCUUGUGCAAGUGCGAUGCAGCUGCCGCUAAAUGCUUUAAGAAGAAUCGCUAUCAAGAGAAGUAUAGAAAAUACCCACAGAACAAGUGUAGGAACGGCAAGCCUUCUAAAAGUGAUGAUGAAACAACACAAACGUUGUUUCCGCUUUGAGUUUGUAAUUGUUUGUUAGAUGAAUAAAAGAG